AUGCUAGUUUCACACCCAAACCCGCCCGUGUCCUGUUGCGGUGAGGCGGGCGCGGCAACGCGCGUCUGUGCCCGCCGAGCGGCUGUCGCUCCGCUUUCGGGACCAGUACGGACAGACCGCGGGGCGGCGGAGGAGGGGGGCGGCGGCGGGGGCGGGCGCUCCCCUCCCGCGGGGCCGGGCGGCUGCCCCCCCAGCGGCCCGAGCCCCCGCCGCGCCGCGCCCGUCUACACCCUCACCGUGCGGGCCUUGUGGCCGCUGCUGACCGCGGUCUGCACCGCGCUCCUCUGCCUCUACCAGGCCCUGCACGGCGGCGCGGCCGGGGACGGGGCGGCGGCGGAGGAGGAGGCGGCGGAGGCGAGCUCCGUGCCGCUGCUGAAGGGCUCGGCGCUGCUGCUGCUGGGCUGCCUGCUGGCCCGCUGCUGCGGCGCGGCGGGCGGCGGCUCGAGGCGCGGCGGGGCGCGGGCGGCGGCGGCGGCGGCCCGGCGCGGCGUGCUGGAGAGUCUGUACGCGCGGCAGCUGCGCCUGUCGCCGCACGUGCUGGGGCACAGCAAGGCGCACGUCGGGCGCGUCGUGGCCGAGCUGGUGCGCGCCGCCAAGGCGCAGGGGCUGCAGCCCGGCCCGCUGGCCCUCAGCCUGCGCGGGGACUUCGUGCGCGUCGGCAGCGCCUACGAGCAGCACAAGGUGCGCAGCCCCGACUGCUUCGACGUCCUGGUGCCCUUGCGGCUGCCGCCCCACCUGGAGCCGCAGCCGCGCCGCGCCGACGGACCGGGCCUCUGCGGCUCCGGCGCCUUCGCCUGCGGCCUGCGGGCUCGGACCGGCUGGCCCCGCCGCUACCGGCCUUUCGCCGACGGCUUCUGCGUGGAGCUGCAGGGCCGCUGCCACCUCUCGUCGGGGCUGGUGCUGCGGUGGUUCCAGGGCCACCUGCAGCGGUGCCUGGGCGCCGUGCGGUACCGGCUGCAGGACCGCUGCCGCGUCAGCCUCUCGGUGCUCCCCGGGCGGCCGCCCACGCUGCACAUCCUGCCCUGCUCCGACUACGUCUGCUGCCACAUCUCCAUGGCCGUGCGCCUCAUCCCCGCCAUCCCGCUCGGCGACGCGCUCUACCUCGUGACCCUGCCUCCCGAGGGCCCGCCGGCAGCCCCGGCCCCCGAGGCGCUCUGGGUCCUGAACACCUCACGGCAGGAGCAGCGGCUGCUGAGCUGGCUGAAGGAGCAGGCCCCGGCCGCCUCGUGCCACCUCAAGUGCCUGCAGAUCCUCAAGGGCCUGCGAGACCUGCGCAGGCAGGGCCUGGAGGAGCCCUUCAGCUCCCAGUGGGGCCGGGUGCUCUCCUCCUACGUGCUGAAGACGGCUCUCUUCUCUCUGCUGCUGCAGGGGCCCUUGGAGGCCUGGGACGAGCGGUUCCUGGUGGAGCGGCUGGAGGACCUGGUGCUGUACCUCAGGGACUGCCUGCGCAAGCAGGCGCUGAUGCAUUUCUUCCUGGGCAAUGGCAGCCUUCCCGAGGCCGUGGCACUGCCCCGCUUCCUCAAGGAGGCCGCCCCUGUGAACUUGCUGGCUGCCUUUGAUGGGCCCACGCUGGACCUGGCCGCCUUCCAGCUCAUCAACACCUGGAUCCAGGCCCCGCAUGUCAUCAGGAUGUACAGCAGCCCCCGGUACUUGCGACCGGUGCCCACCCCCUGCCGACACGCCGCCGAGGCCAAGCAGGAGCCACCGGGAGAGUGAGCCGGCGGCCGCGUGGGCCGGUGUCAGCCAUGGGCCCUGCCAGGGCAGCACACUCCCAGCCUGCUGGUCUGUCGAGAGCCCGUGUCUGCCGGAGGAAGGUGGGGACCGUUUAAAUAUGGUCCUGUGGCAUUGUCUCUGACCUGAGAAAACUUAAGAAACCAGAAGCCGAGACUGAAUGAAGUUGUGAUUCUUGUUCUUUGAUCUCAUUGGUUGUUGAUUGCAAAAUUGUGACAUUUCUAGGAAAAUGCCUUAAUUUAGAAGGGUUAAAUUCAGUCGCCUGUUUGCAAACCUGACUUUAACAGGCUCAAGGUGUCGUUUCCAGAAACUGGUGUUAAACUGUUGUCUUAGUGGCAAAACUGACGUUUUCCUGAGAUGUGCUUUUAUGAUGCAAAUUCCACGUGGGGUUUUAAAAUCCUGUAAGUGUGAACAACCAACCCACCCUCCCGUAACAUACCAAGGUGCUCUUAAACCAUGGCAAGCGCUAGAGCACGGGUGUGGAUCAGUUUGAAAUGCUCAGUGAUGUGCUCUGAAUUCCCUGUGCGAUCGAAUACGUUGUGCUGAACAGAAACAACGACGUGUGUGUUAACGUCAAAUGGAGGGGGGAAGCAAAACCUCUCCAGUAACAACAUGCAGAAUGUAGUUGCAUGUUCCAGUGUUCAUGUGAAGGUUAUACUGAAGGAUUGAAAUGCAGAGAAAAGGAAACAAAUAGCACUUUAUUUUCACAAAGGCCUUACUUUUGGGAUAAUUGGCUGCACUAAAUGUUGCUAGGCAGGAGGUAUUAGUAUUUUGUUAAAGGAAUGAUGCUUGAAUCAUCCCAAGAAAAAAAGAGCUUCCUUUAAGGAACUGCCCUGAUGUUUGUUUAUUUGUAGGUUUUUGGUGAGUUUUACUAUUUCCAAGUAUUAUUUCCUUUAGAAUUUGCCUUGCCUUAAGGACCAAUGAUAAAACUAAGAAAGUCUGUGUUAUUUUUGGAACAAGCCUUAAACCAGUCCCAGUCUCAGUGCUGUAAGCUGCCUGCUGUGCCCUCCUGCUCGCCGGUAGGAGUUUGGUGGGGUUUUUGGAUGACUGCCUAACCAGUUGUCUGAUCAUGGCAGUGUUUUGACCAAAUAACUUGAUGGGUUUUUCGAAUGCUGUGCUAUGACCAAAUUGUUGUCUUCUUGUGGGAAGGAGGAAGUGAAGUAAUUCAGGGUACUUCAGAAUUGUUUAGCACUGAUUCAUGGUACAGUGGCAGUUUCAGGCUAUGGAUUUUGGUGUCUUCUAAAUACAAACAUCAGCCAGAUAAUUCAUCAGCACUUCUUGCCUGGCUGUAUCCCAGUUGCUGGAGUAGACAGGCCAGUUGUAACACAACCAGCUCCACAAGUGUCCUUAGCUGCUGGGGCAGGUACCUAGUGUACAGGAACCUGAUGUGUCCCAGGGUUUCAGCAAAUUCAGGAUUUCAAAUCCUUGCUUUAUUGGGUCACCUGAUAAGUAUUUGAUACAUUAAGACCCAAAGUGUGUUGCUGAAUUGCUGGCCUUCAGGACCAUGUGCCUUACUACCCACUGUACCAUGUCCUAGGUGAGCAGCCAGAAGUGAAUUAUAAAUGACCAAGUGUAAGUUUUGGGAAGCUUUAGGAUAACUUGAAGUUACUGAUAUGUUCCCUGAUGUACACAAAGAUACCAGUGUGCUUUAUUCAGAGUUCUGUGCAUCAGAGCACCAACCAAAUAUUUCCAUAAUCUAUGAAGCUUUAUAAAAGUCUAUUUUUGUAAAUGGAAACACUCCCUAGGCAGAUGUUUGCCUACUCCUGUCUAUUUCAACUGCUCUUGCAGUCGUAUUUUCAGGUAAUUAUAGCAUAGGUCACACCCGCAAGUUGGGUUAUUUUUAUAUAUGAAGCUCUGCUUCUUUCUACAAACAGUGUAUUUAUAGGUAGUAUUGAUCAAAUGAUCUUUGCACAUGGUAUUUAAGGCUAAGUGAGCUACCUUGGUGUUUUGGUUUUAUCUCUUUUUUUGGUAGUAGACCAUGAUCUGUGCUAUUUUUUUGCAGACUUGUGUUACUUGGUAUUUGAAAUAAGAUGCAGUUCUGCAAUCAGUGCCAUUGAAUCUUUUGCCCAAAGAAGGACUAGAUGACCAGCCCAGGGUACAGUGGCUGCCUGGAUUCGUGAUGUAAAACCCCUUUAGCUGUUAAUCUGGCAUCACAACCACUUCAGUCAGCUAUUAGUUUGCUUACACCUCAGGCAAGUGUGAUCUUUUCUCUGAAAAAGGGAUGCACAUUUGGCAUGUGUUUAGUGUUGCUGCAAGACAUGGAAAUCUGUAACAGAACUUUCUCACUGAAAUGCAGUCAUGCCAGGAAAAGACAGUUGCACCAGGAAGUGCAUGACAAGGAGAGAUGGUGGAGGAUAUAAAUAGUUUAGAAAAUGAAAGUUGGGCUGUGGAGUGAGUGAGAGUGAUGGUAAAGUCUCAGUGAAGACACACUGUAAACAAGUCAAAGGACAUAGAGAUAAAAUUGGAGGAGAGCUAUUGAAAGCAAGGUGGAUUUGGAGUGUUGGAAGAAGAGAUCCAAGUGGGUUUUGCUUUGACAGUAUUUCCAACGUGGUUGAAUUUAUCAGGGCUGAACAUUGAGACAAACUUUCAGUUUGUUUUAGCCUUGGAGGCUAGCAGUGUGAGCUUUUGCUCAGCGAGGCCAGUGAUGGGAGAAAAUGUAUGCAUUUGUUUUAAGAACCUUCGGCUUGGGCAGACUUUCUUGAGGAGAGGGGGCAAUGUGCAUGCAGUUGGUGGGAGGUCUGAGAAAAUCUCUUAGACUAACUUGUGGCUCUGAUGUCCAACUGAGAUAUGAAGAGUGUUUUCUUUUAUCUGCUAUAAAGCAUGCAUUCAUGAAUAUGACUCACAAAAGGAGCUGAUAAAAAGUUGGGUUCUGUUACAGCAUUCGUCCUGUUCCACAACAACCAUGACAUCACUAGUACCUGCAGUGUGCUGGGGAUCUUACAGAGCCUUAUCUGUGAGGAGGUGUACAGAGAAUUUGACUUAUGUGAGGAAUUCUGUGUGCCUUUUGCCUUCUCCCUCUCUCCUAGCCCGUGGAUACUGUACACAGAGCAAGGUUACGAAUGCAUAGUUGUCAAGGUCGUGACUGUUGUGUUGUAUCUUAGGCUCAGCAUGGUUGCUUCUGUGUGUGGAAACUGAAACACAAACACAGAAGAAGGAGCAUGUGACCUAGCACUAAUGUGAGUUCUUGGUUCUCUCUAUCUGCAGCCUGAUUGCAAAGACAGUGCAAAUGAAGUGGGGUUUAAUCAAUAUUAAUUGGGGAGUCACACCUGCAAGAGAAUAAGUUUAGUUACAGAACCAAAAUACGUAUGUGUGACUUCACUUUGUAUCAAAAUACGCCCUGUACUUCUCAAAGACAUCAUUAUUUCUUACCUGACUGAAUAUCUCAAAAACAUUCCUCUUUUGAUUUUGAAUCUCUGCAGAAUAAUGUAAAUUCUAAGUGCCUGUUUGCAGUGGACAUUGUUGGUACAAUUCUUUUUUGCUGGUUAAGAAUCAGACCAAAGAUUAAAGUGUUCAGCUGCUAUUGUGGGGUUGUUUUUUUUAGAAAAGAAGUGUUUAUAGGUUCAAAGUGUCAGCCCAUGUUAAUGAAACGUUUAUACAUUCAUUUCCUAUUUAAUUCCAAAGUAUUUUUGCACUUUUUACUGUUUCCAUAAAAAGCUGAUGGGUUUGUUUUAAUAUUUCACUGUAGUAAUAAACAGCUGUUUAAAGCA